AUGCUUAAAUUUUAUAAUAAAGUGAUUAUUAUAAUUAAAAAGGAUAAUCUAUACGACGAUGAUGCUAGUGAGUCAGGAUCAGGCUGGAUAUCAUGGUUUUGCGAUUUAGAGGGACAUGAGUUUUUCAUUGAGGUUGAUGAGGACUACAUUAGGGAUAAUUUUAAUCUUCAUGGUUUAAAGGAGAGAAUUUAAUACUUCAAUGAGGCUAUGCAAAUGAUACUGAGCGCAGAUAAUCCAGAUUCAGAGGAUUUGAAUGAUUAGAAUUUCCUAGAGAUAUAUCAGUCAGCUAUGGAUCUAUAUGGUCUUAUACAUGCUAGGUUUAUUAUUUCACCCAGAGGACUAGCGAUGAUGAAGGAAAAAUAUAUGCUGGGAUCUUUCGGGUAUUGUCCAAGAGUCUUAUGUGAAAGGUAGAAUAUAUUGCCUAUUGGUGUGUCAGAGGAACUUUCAACCUCUAGAGUUAAAGUUUACUGUCCAAGAUGCUAGGAUGUUUACAUCCCAAGGCAAAAGUAGCUUGAUAUUGAUGGAGCCUACUUUGGCACAAGUUUCCCACAUAUUUUCUUAAAAGUACUUAAAAUCAAUUUAAAACAUUUAAUAUAGACCUACACAGAACUGAUUCCACAAGGCCCACCAAAGUUCAUCCCUAAGAUCUACGGUUUCAAGAUAUUUGGCAUGAGAGGAUCGAAAUAUGAAUUAAAGUUUGAUUUUAAAGGUCAACCAGUUAACGAAGAGGAGAUAAGAAACGUUCUAAAAAAGGAUAAAAAGAGCAAUAAAAGAGACGAGGAAGAAAAAAUGAAUAUCUGA